AUGACCAUGUUGCCAGAUUUCCAACGCUUUGAAGCGCAGAGCCGCCGUUCGACUGUAUUCAGCUCGAAGGGUGUCGUCGCAUGCUCGCAGCCGCUCGCGGCUUCGGCCGGCAUGACCAUUUUACGCCAGGGAGGAAAUGCCGCCGACGCAGCUGUGGCCAUGGCUGCGGCACUGAAUGUGACUGAGGAGAGGCGCGUGCGUGCGGUGAAUGGGUCGGGACGGAGCCCGAAGGCUCUAACCCUGCAAAAGGCUGGCGAGCUCGGCCUCACGGGCCAGCGUAUCCCGUACGAGAAUGCCAAUGCUGUCACUGUCCCCGGUGCAGCGGCUGGUCUCGUGGAGAUCCAGGAGCGUUUUGGUGGUGGAAAGCUCUCGCUGUCCGAGGUGCUUGCCCCGGCCAUUGCGCUCGCUGAGGAUGGAUUCCCUGUGCACCAGAUGAGCUCGUACGAAUGGGUCGACUUUGAGCCGCGCCUCCAGCAGGUCGCUGCUGAGCCCCAGAGCGGAGACUCGUACCCUUUCCUCAUUGAUGGCAAGGCGCCGCGCCCAGGACAGUUUUUCUCCAAUCCCGACCUCGCCAAGACUCUCCGCCGCCUCGGCAAGGAGGGCAAGGAUGCAUUCUACAAGGGCGAGGUGGCGCAGAAGAUUGUCGACGCGAUCACGAGCCGUGGCGGUGUCAUGACCCUUGAUGAUCUGGCCGCACAUGCGACCGACUUUGUCGAGCCCAUCUCGUAUACAUACGGCGAGAACGAGCAGCUUACAGUACACGAGUGCCCUCCAAACGGGUCUGGUCUGGCCGCCCUCAUCGCCCUAGGUAUCAUCGACACCCUGCGGAUGGACGGUAUUGUUGACUUUGCAACGAUGGAGGAGGGAAGCGUCGAGUGGUUCCACACGCUCAUCGAGGCGCUCCGCCUGGCAUUUGCCGAUGUGCACGCCCACACUGGUGACCCGGACUUUGUCAAGGUGCCCGUGGAGCAGAUUCUGUCUAGGGACUACCUCCGCCAGAGGGCGCGUCUGUUCAACCCCCAGGGCACGGCAAAGGUCAGCGCGGGUGCGCCUCCGUCUAGCGACACGGUUUACUUGACUGCUGCGGACUCGGAGGGCAACGCCAUGUCAUUUAUCAUGAGCAACUUCCUAGCGUUUGGCACGGCAAUCGUUCCCAACGGGUGUGGCUUCACGCUGCAAUCCCGCGGAUCGGCGUUCAGCCUCGACCCCGCCUCGCCGAACCGACUGGAGGGCGGCAAGCGCCCCUUCCACACCAUUAUCCCGGCCAUGGUGACGCGCGGUGACGAGCUGUUUAUGUCUUUUGGUGUCAUGGGUGGAGCAAUGCAGCCCCAGGGUCAGGUACAGGUGCUUCUGAACCUGCUGCAUAACGGUCGGCAGCCGCAGCUCGCCCUCGACGCUAAGCGUUUCCUCAUUGGUGGAACAGGGCUGUGGCAGUCCAAGGACCCAUACUACAACACUUGUGUCGCGAUCGAAGACGGUGUGUCCGAGGAAGUGAUCAAGGCGCUCGAAAAGCUGGGACACCAGAUCCAGCGCGUCAAGGGCUCGGACCAGAUCUUCUUUGGUAAGGGCCAGGUCAUCCUCCGCACGGUUGAUGAGCGCACAGGCAAGACGGUGUGGGCCGCCGGCAGUGACUACCGCGGUGACGGGUGCGCUAUUGCCCAGUUCUAG